GGGCCAGGCACGAAACAGAGAGAGAUGCAGAGCGAAACAGGGGGUCAGCUUUAAAUACAAGCUUAAUCUGAAUAUCUAAACUCUGUUACCCCCCCAAAAUGAAGUUCCUUCUGGAACUAUUUGCCUGCUGUGGCUGUUCUUCACGUUUGCCCCCUGCAGAGGACAGUGGACCUCUUGUUCCUGGUCCCGCUCCGCCUACUAACCGUAAGAACAGACGGCGGAGGAGAGGGAGAGGUGCGCCACCGAGAUGUGGUGGUUCCGUCGCUAAUUGGAGGCCGUCCCUUUCGGCCAUUUCCGAAGACAACGCUCUGCCACCGAGGAAUGUGAAGAGAAAGGUCUCAACUGCUUCCCCACCGGCCACUCAACCCCGUCAUCAUCGCUGCGAUGACACCAGGAGAGUUCCCGUUUCAGCGUUGGCGCCAGCUUUCCCCCCAACUCCUUUCUUAUUUUAAUUUGGACUGCUCAACGUAUCCUUUAAUUUCCUCUGUAACCUUUGGGGCUCUUUUAGUUGUUUACAUGUAUGCUUAUCUCUCUCGUUUCCUGCUAAUUUCCAUUUGUCUUCCCCCUUUUUUCCUUCAAUUUUUCUUGAAUUACGACGAGAAUAAAAUUAAUUAUUUGCAGAUAAUCCACUAAAACUACUGAUGAGUUACCAUAAACCAUAAAAUGCAAUUGAGUUGCGGAACCAAAUGUACCGCAAAAUUUGUUCUAAACAACUGUACUGAUCCAAUCCAACUGCUGUGAAGGCGUAAUUUGGCUCAAUACGGUUAAAUUAAUCCUAGGGAAAUUGGCUCAAAAAGGCUUCUCUAUGUAUAUAUUUGUAAAGAAAGAGCAAGUGAAUCACUACUCCGUUUUUUGAACCCUUUACAUGCCAGUACCAUAUGAAUAAAAGAAGGGACUGAUUUAUGACACUAUUAAAUAGGGUUGGAUAAUCCUAUUCACAGUUGUGCAACA